UGGUAUAUAGGCAUCCGGGCGGAGAUGCAGUGCCCGUGUCUUGACAGACUGCCCAGCUUAUGAGACAAGUGCGGCCAAGUCGAGUCAGCCUUCUAUGUAUGCUUCUGCAAACGGGCCAUGCUCGGUGCGGGCAACUAGCAAUGCGUUUUACAAAGCUCUCCGCGUUGGAAAAGGUGCCUACUUAACCCCAGCACACCAGGUAUCUGGGGGGUGUCCCAGCCCGUCGCAUGUGCGCUUGACAUCACCACCCCAUCGCCCGUGGAUGGGCCAAUCACCCGAGCCCACGGCCGUCUGUCACGCCCCAUCGCGAUGCUUUUCGUGGAACCAGGCCUGGUCCGCGUAAAGACUACGCCGUUUCGCCUGUUGCUAUCCCCAAUUGCUCUGCAUCGAGUACCGAACAAAGACAUCAUCGCGCCCUGCUAUCCAUCCGUCACUCCCGAAUGUCCUGCAGCCAAGCCUCGAGCCUUGCUUUCGCGUCUACAUGCCGCCGCUAAUUAUGGCGUGGCGUGGCCCCCCCGGUACAGAUCCUUGGCUUGCUUCUUCCUUAGCUCCCCCAGCCAUCAAGGUCCGCCGAACACACAGGUACCAUUGCUAUCUACAGCAGUGGUAGUGCUUUUUUGUUUUCGGGAGUUUUAUUCUUCAUCGCCGUUGCUGGGUUACAUGUGCUCUAUUUUUUGUGUGCGUUCGAUCCAUUCUCACAAUACGGCAUGUGUCCUGGUAGAGCAGAGAUUAUGUCUUGGUGUUAAGCUUCAACGCCCUGCUACGGCCUCUAACAUGCGUCGUUCUAUUUCGCUUGAAAUGCAUACAGCCGAUAACGAGACCUUAAGCCAGCCCAAUAAAGCACGAUGCCGCGUUUGCUUUCCCUGAAACGCUGCUUGGAAAGCUUUGCAGCCCAGCCUAUCUC